CUCACACACACACUCACACACUCACACUGGUCUUUCUGACUGAUGUGCCCACUUGCUUUGACUGUAAUACUGAUACUACCUACAUGACAUGGAGUUGGAUUUCUGUUUGCUAAUUGCAUCAAAGACGGGUUAAUCAUCGGUAUAAAGCCAAGAUUUGUCACCUGCACAUUCACGCUGCCACACCCCAAGAAUCUGUUCCGUUGCAUUCAGAUCCACGGGCUCAAAUUAAGGGUAACAAUGUUUUCCAAGGUCUGUCUGUUCCUCCUUGGAGCUGUAGCUGGGUACUUCUAUCAGAUUGUUGCAGUAGAAGAGAUCUACGUCGCUGAGCUGAUGGUGGAAAGUAAUAUUACACUGGAGGCCUCAACUAUCCUGUCAGUUUUGAAUACUGAGCUCCAAGUGGAAGACAGCAGUGGAGUUCUCCAUACGGUGACGAUCUUACAAGGCGAACUGGUAGCAGAAUGCAUUAUCAUUGGACCUGAUUCCAACUGCGAUUGCUCAGUUGGGUUUGUUUGGAGCAACGAAGUGUGCUACAGUUCUGACUGUUGCAGUGAAACUACUUGCAAAAAAAAUGUGUCCCAAAUCACACCACUCUGCAUUGCCAAAGUCAAAGUUCAAAUCAGUGGAUCUGUAACACUUAAAAGAACAAUCUGGGAUGACGCCAAAACUAAUCAGCUGAAAGCUGCCUUUGGAAGGCUGAAUGGCUAUGUCAGAGACUCGCUGAACAUGACUGGUUACAGGGAAAGCAAGCACAUUGCUGACUUUGAGGCAGCUUUUGGCGUCAAACUGAGGACUUCGGCACUUCAAGACGUAAUUAAUGAACUGGAAUCCAGUCUCACAGCUGAAGUUUUGGUCAACACUGUAGGAAUGGUAACCAUAGAAUCCCCACGGGCUCCCGUGUGCUACCAGUCCAUUGUAGUAUUGAAAUGCACAUUUGAGGAGGCAACGGGCAGCGCUGACUGGAAAUUGAUCAAGAAAAAUUCCCACUCUGACCUCAACAACGGCAGCUUUGUGAAACUGGACAGCAACUGUGCCACACAGAAAUACGAUUCUUGUGUUGAAGUUACACUCAAAAAUGUGACAAGUAUCUGGGCAGGCACAUAUGAGUGUGGAUUCACUAAUGGGUCUGUCACGCACACAGCCACUACACAGUUGAGUGUUGCACUGCUGCCUGAUGAGAUCAUCAUGGAGAGCAAUCCUAUUACUGUCGACUGUUCUGGCGACAGUCAAAGCUCUGACAUAUAUGUUAGAGUCACUGCCACCAUCCCAAAUACCACAGAGAGCCUCAAUGUUUCAUGGAUGAACACGGAUAUAGAGCCAAUUGUACCAACCAUCAAACCUUCUGAGGAUUCCCUGGUCUACUCUGUGAAGGCUAAAGUCACAUGCGACAAGAAAAGAAAAGCAAAAAAUGUUUCUAUUUCAUUUACAAACACGAUGGGACAAAAAAAACAUGCUCAAUUGGAUAUCCCAGUAAUUAUUGAUGGUGCAGAGUUCUGCGGGGAGGAAGAAAAAGAAUAUGUGCUUUGGCCAAAAACCCCAGCUGGCGUUACAGUGAUUAAUCGAACAUGUGCAGAGGGCAGGGUUGGUAACAAAUCUCGUACCUGUAAUGGCACUACCUGGCAGCCGGUGUUCUCCUACUGCGUCACUGAAGAGUUGAUGAAAGUUUUCAAUUUAGCAACGGACUUCGAGAUGGGACUGGGAGCGACACAGAAGAUGGCCAUGGAUAUAUUUAAAGGACUGAAUAACAACUCUACAUUGGAUUCUGAUCCCAGUGAAACUUUGGCCGACAUUUUUAUUUCUAUUCGAAUUCUAAAUGUGAUGGCCAGUGCAUCCAAAAGUUUUGUCUUGCAGGAGGAGGUCUUUCAAGAUUUUCUUGAAGGAGCAAGCAAUAUGUUGAAAAGCCCCUGGGAUCUGGUCAACUCAUCUGUUGUUCAGGACAUGUCAUCCAAUUACCUUGGGUCCGUGGAGGGUUUGGUGAAGAAUAUCCGAGUGAACAGCACCACUACAAUCAGCAGUACCAACUUAGACCUCAAAGUCUGCCCCUCAGGAAGUGACUGUAAUGUGUUUAACAUCAGCGUGACACUUAAUACUUUCGACGGAAAAAUGAAAACGGUUGCUGUGAAAAAUUUGACGGAUAAAUUAAAUAACAACUUCCACACGACAGAACAUCUUAAUAACCUCUUAGUAAUAGCCACACUAGAAAGCCAAAAUUCAUCUUUAGAAAUUUCGCUGGAAUUCUUCAAUGAGCAGCCGGAAACCAUUAAGCCCUACUGUGUCUUCUGGAACACAACGGACAGCGGUUGGUCAGAUGCAGGGUGCAUUGCAAAACCUGUUGGUAACCACAUAGUCUGCAAGUGCAACCACCUGACUUCCUUCUCUGUCCUCAUGUCCAAGAGUGAUCUUGGAUCAUCUAACAUUGUCAUAGAUGUCAUUACCUAUGUGGGCCUCGGUUUGUCCAUCUGCUCCUUGCUGAUCUUCCUCAUCGUUGAGUCUUUAGUUUGGUCUGUUGUGGUCAAGACGAACCUCUCACAUUUUCGUCACACUGCACUGGUGAACAUUGCCACGUUCCUCUUGCUUGCUGACUGCAGCUUUUUGGCAUCCACCGCUCCUGGCAAGCUCACUGGCAACUGGUGCUUAAUUUUGACCAUGUGCAAACACCUGUUUUACUUGGCCAUGUUCAGCUGGAUGAUGUGCAUGAGCGUCAUGCUCGUCCACCAGCUCAUCUUUGUCUUCAGUCCACUUAGAAAAAGAGUCUUCAUCUUUCUAUCCAGCAUUGUAGGCUAUGUUUGCCCAUGUCUCAUAGUGGGAUUUAGCUAUUUGUAUUGCACAUACACCAAAAAGCCCUACCAUACUGACAAAUGCUGGCUAGUUUUUGAGAAACUCUUGGAGGGCUCAUUACAUGCUUUCCUCAUCCCAGUGGGAACUGUUAUUUUCACUAAUGUUUUUUCCAUGGUGGUUGUCAUUGUUACUCUGUUGAAGUCCACGGCCCCUGAUGGCAGAAAGGCAGAUGAGAAGGAGACAGCCAAAAGCAUCAUCAAAGUGGUUGUCUUUCUAACGCCGGUUUUCGGAGUGACAUGGGGUAUUGGCUUCAUUCUUCUAAUGUUAAACGAAGACGACACCAUGUAUACUGUUGCUAACUACAGUUUCGUCAUCCUCAAUUCCUUCCAGGGCUUUUUCGUUAUGUUAACAGGUUGUUUAACAGAGCAGAAGGUUCGAGGGGAACUGUUAAGGAUCAUAAUGGCUAAACCAAAAAAUGACAGCAUGAAGAAUUUGACUUCAGCCACACACGCAAAAGACAAAUGAAGGCCGAGUUCUUUCAUGCUGCUGCAACGUGCCCAUCAGCUUCCCAUCACUGCACACUUCUCCAACACAUCAGAUGACUCUCUUCAUAAGUCUCAGCUCCAUGAGGGAUUUAUUUUGCUGCUUCUUCGGGCAGAUGCCCUUGAUUGCAGUACCUCCCCAUUGAGUGUAAGCACUAGAGACUCUAUCAAGACUUUUUUUUUAUCAGAUAUCAUUCUCUUUAAUCUGCUACACCAGCUACAUUAGUUAACCCUUUAUCAUAUAUCAUUAUUUAGUCAUCAUGUAUUUUGGUCUUGCAUUAUUACUAAAUGAGAAAUAAAAUGUUUAGCUAUUUAGACAAGGAAUAUAACGAUGCUAGUAUAGUUUUGUGGGGUUUUUUUCGACUGUUUUGUGCCUUUGUGACUAGAAUGCAUGUUGUGAUGUUUGUCAGACGCAAUGCAGUGACAAAUGCUGCUGCGAGUGCCAUAGCAACAAUCCAUCUUAUCAGGCUUUGCAUAGAAUAUAUUUUUGUGCACUUGAGAAUAAGUGUUCUACAUGAUUGUGCCGACAGAAACAGCAACUCACAUGCACAUGAAUGCAGCGGCAAUUGUAGCCAACAAGUGAACAUGUCUUAGACUUUGUUUUGUGUUCGAUUAUAAUUAGACAGUCACAAAAGUGUAGAUGUUGUCCUGAAACAGUUGUAAGUUAGACUUAAAUAGAAACACUUAUGUUUUUGCUUUUUUUUCCUGAUUGA